AUGCCCAACCCAACCGCUCGCUCCCUCUUUCUUCCUUUAAUUUUGUUCUUGAUUUGCAAUUUUGUGUUCCCACAAAUCCGGCUCGUGUCGGGUUCCUCUGUUCCUGAUAAGCGCUUCCAGAGACCGGAUCCACUUCGACGUUUCAAACACUACAAUGGAGGUUUUGAUGUUCGAGAUAAGCAUUACCUUGCUUCUGCGGCAUUUACAGGAGUUCACGGCUACGCCAUUGCCGGAGUUUGGUUAUUAUGUGGGCUGCUCUUUGGAAUCUUCAUGAUCAUCAAAUGGCUAUGCGGUGGCUCUGCUUCAUUACCCUUCAAAGACUGUUUGGACAAUCACCAUAUCCUUCUCUUCUUACUGAUUCUCUUAUUGACUUCUCUCGCCAUAGUUGCUUCAAGUUUGGUGUUCGUGACCAAUCAGAAGGCCCUGAAGAGAACAGAGAAACUGAAGGAUUCAGUACUGGGCAUAGGAGAAGAUGCUCUGAGGUCAUUAACCACAGUGAUUAAAAAGAUGAAACAAAUGCAAUACCUUCUGCUUCCAUAUAACCAACAGAUAACUGGGAAUUUGAAUACUACGAUUGAAAGUUUCAGAAGCGACUCGCGGGUGAUCCGUCGUUUUCUUGACUCAAGUGGUCGUAUAUUCCAGAAGGCCAUUCAUACUUCAUAUAUUGCUCAUCUCGUUGUUGUGGCCGUCAACUUAGCUAUGUUGAUUGCAGCACUAGUCCUGCUGCUGCUGUUUUGGCGCCCCGGAUUUAUCACCAUAAUCUUUUGUUGUUGGAUGCUGACAAGCCUGUGCUGGGUCUUGACGGGUUUUGAUUUUUUCUUACACACUUUUGCAGAAGAGGCAUGUUUUGCUUUUGAGGAAUUCGAGCAGAACCCACAAAACAGUAGCCUGAGCUCCAUGUUGCCAUGCAUGAACGACUCAGACGCAGCCAAGUUGAUGACUCGAAUAGGCUUCACAAUUCACACAUUCAUCGCAGAGUUGAAUGCUAAAAUGUCGGAGAUUUAUGGUGUAUUGGGAAUAGACAAGCAGGCCCAGAAAGUGAUAGGAAUUGUAAAGAUAUGUGAACCUUUCUCUGGACCACCAGAUUACAACUUCAUUCCCAAAACCUGCCCUCGGAAUGCCAUCCCAGUUGGCGACUUACCAAAAAUUCUGGCAAGAUUCAAAUGUGGGAAAGAUGAAAGUGCAGAGGACUGUGAGAAGGAAGCGAAGUUUCUUCCAGAAGCAUGGUACAACAUAGCUCAUGCUUACAGCAGAUCUGUUCAGGAUUUUCUGGACAUAUAUCCAGACUUGCAAAGCCUAUCAAGAUGCUCCUUUCUCAAGGACAGAACUUCAGAUAUAUUGUUGCACCAGUGCAGACCCUUAAAACUUGCACUUAGAUUCUUGUGGGCAUCCAUGUUGUCUCUCUCCAUUGUCAUGAUCAUCUUGGUGCUCGCGUGGCUAGCACGCGCUUUUCUGUGCUCUAACAAUUCAUCUCCCUCCAUCUUUUAUAGGGCUAGAACGAGAACUCCCGAAUCUGGAUAGAUAGGAGUUAGGAAAUAUUUAUUUUA